AUGAGUAGCAAGUCUGACGUAUUGUUUAGUGGAGGUUCCGGAGGUGCGGUUUACAGUUAUCUGUUUGUAUGGUUUGGCACCUUGUGCACUCUUGUCACACUAUCAGAACUUGUAUCUAUGGCACCGACAUCUGGCGGUCAAUAUCACUGGGUUGCCAUUUUGUCACCUCGGUGGUGUCACAAAUUUCUAAGCUUCAUCACUGGAUGGCUCAUUAUCCUGGGCUGGCUAGGAGGACUCGCUUCAGGUGCGUAUCUGGCAAGCUCCCAGAUCCUGGGCUUUGUUGCCAUAGCACAUGCUUCCUUUGAACCUCAACCAUACCAAAUUAUGCUCCUAUUUUGGGCAUAUGUUGCCUUCGCAGUGUUUAUCAACCUUGGAGCGGGUACACUUCUACCUAAGUUCGAAGGAUUUGCCCUUGUCUUGCACAUUGUAGGGUUCUUCGUCAUCCUAGUUCCACUUUCGUGUCUAGGUGACCAUGUCUCUGCAAAAGAAGUCUUCGGGAGCUUUAAUAAUGAAGGCGCUUGGCCGGGUCUAGGGUUAUCUAUAUUUGUUGGAAUGUUAGGGAGCACUUUUGCCUUUACAGGCUGCGACGCUGCUAUCCACAUGACUGAGGAAGUCCGGAAUGCCUCAGUGACAGUGCCACAAUCAAUUAUGAUGAGUGUCGGCUUGAAUGGUCUCCUGGGUUUUGGAAUGCUUCUCGCUACGUUGUUCUGUUUGAGGGACGUCGAUCAUGUCCUGAAAUCAUCUACAGGAUAUCCAUUCGUCCAGAUAUUUCUGGACGUAACCGGGUCAAUUCCAGCAAGCAUCGCGAUGGCUUCAAUUAUGCCUAUCUCGGGAGUUGCUACAGCAUCUGGGAAUCUCGCUGCUGCAUCACGAAUGGUAUGGUCAUUUUCUCGUGAUCGUGGUAUUCCUAAGUGGAAACAUAUAGGCAAGGUGGAUUCUAGAGCUAUUCCCUUUUACUCGAUCACAGCUAUUGCCGUUGCUGCCCUCAUGCUGUCACUUCUCAUUCUUUGGUCCGGCGCUAUUCUCGAUGCAGUGGUCUCAUUGACAGUCAGCGCCCUAUUCUCCUCGUACUUGAUGGCAACUGGGCUUCUUCUUUACCACCGCCUUACACGUGGGAUUCAGUCCCACGAGGAUGGAAGCUUUAUCGUGAACACAACCGGCGCCCCUCUUACUUGGGGCCCUUUUCAUAUUCCCCGCAAAUGGGGCAUCGCAACCAACACUAUCACACUUUUGGCCACCUAG